AUGGCGUCCCCGGAAUUCGCUAUCGCGAAAGCCGCCUUCUCGGCUGCCCUCCUCCGCAAAGAUCCCGUCCUCCCCACGAGCUGCACCCGCGAAGACGUCGACACGUUCCACACCCUGUUCCAAGACGCCGUGCGGCACUAUCUCGUGCCACUCUUUGCCGCCGCCGCCUCGUUUCACGAUGCGCCAAAACACAUCGCCAAAAUCCAGGACCUCCUCGAGUUUUGGAGCGAGAAGAAGCUCGUAGAAUUCGGCGAGAUUGAGAGGCUCAAGGAGGCGGUGCAAACGGCAAGCAUUGCGAAGCCAGCCCAGGUCGCAGUCCCGAGCACGAAUGCCAAGUCUGAGAAGGCGCCGAGGGAAACCCCUACGUGCUGCCGCCGUUGCAUGGCGACCCUUCCAUGGCCUGCCUCUGGUCCCGCUGACAAGGCCGUUGUUGAUGCCGUAAAGGCCCUACUCGGCAAGGUCGACCGCCUCUUCGCCAAGGAUGUCGACUGGCACGACGAACCCCACGUAGACUUCAACGAGCUCGGCGAGCGCGUCCUCCUCGAUGAAGUUACGGGAGAAGUAAUCGGUGGCGAGACGUACUACGGAUGGUCCCGGGAGUUUUGCACCAAGAUGAAGAAACGCAGGACGAAGCCUCAGAGCGGAACCGGCACCGAGGACCGCGGGCGCGAAGUGCUAGCCGCGAACGCUACCGUCGUCGUUCGAGCUCCUCUCGUGGCGUCCGAUCACGUACUCCGUCACCGUCCAAGACAAGGGUGGACCGCCGCCGAGAGUAUCUAG